AUGCCCUCCGCAGUCGUCAUACCCCGCCAAGACUUGGGCCGGAAACAAGCCAAACAAUCAGCCCUGGCCAAGCUUGUCAUGCACAACACUCUGGCCUCGUCCUCGCCACGCUCCGUCUCACCCACGGCCUCUGAGCCCGAGCAGCUCGCCGUCCUGCCGCCCCUCAACUCCCGCCAUGGCUACUCCUCGGUCUCCAUGCCCGCCGCCAUGGCCCAGGCCCUGCGCACCAUCAAGGAUCUGACCGACACGCCGCUGUCGCAGAGCGUCAACUCGACCGCCCCGAGCUCCCCGCGCAUCCCCCCCCAGCGCCAAAACUCGGGCAGCCAGACCCCCCGCGUGCGCCCCCAUGCCACCACGCUCAACAUCCCCGGCAUGACCAGGUCCCGCGUCUCUCCCGACGGCAGGAUCCCCCAGCGCGACGUGGCCGCCAAGCUCGUCAUUGUCAUGGUCGGCCUACCCGCCCGCGGCAAGUCGUACAUCACCAAGAAGCUGCAGCGCUACCUCUCUUGGCAGCAGCACGAGUCCCGCAUCUUCAACGUCGGGAACCGCCGACGCCACGCUGCCGGCAUCAAGGUUUCUGCCAAGUCCCGACUCGCCCCUGAGCCCCAUUGCCUCGACCCCCCGGUCCAGGCCGCCACCAUCCUGCUCAACGGCAUCCCCGCGCCCCAUGCCGCCCUCAGCCUUGACCGCGCCGAGCCCACCGUGCUCAAUCUCGACCAUGCCCCGGGAGACGCCCAGGACGAGGCCGACCAGUCGGCCAAGUUCUUCGACCCCAAAAACGCAAAGGCAUCUGCCCUGCGGGAGCAGGUCGCCAUGGAGACGCUCGACGAGCUGCUCGAUUACCUGCUCAACCAGGGCGGCGCCGUCGGUAUCCUCGAUGCGACAAACAGCACCAUCAAGCGACGUCAGCACAUUGUCGACCGCAUCCGGGAGCGCGAGCCCAAGCUCGGCAUUCUCUUCAUCGAGAGCAUCUGCAGAGACCAAAACCUCCUCGAGGCCAAUAUGCGCCUCAAGCUGUCGGGCCCGGACUAUCGGGACAAGGACCCUCACAAGUCGCUCGAGGACUUCAAGAACCGCGUCGCCGCUUAUGCCAGCGCGUACGAGUCCCUUGGCGACUACGAGGAGGACAACGAUAUGCAGUACAUCCAGAUGGUGGACGUCGGCAGGAAGCUGGUGCAGCACCGCCUCAAGGGCUUCCUCAGCGGCGGCAUCAGCACCUACCUGUCCAGCUUCAACCUUGCACCCCGCCAAAUCUGGAUCACCCGCCACGGCCAGAGCGUCGACAACGAGCUGGGCAAGCUGGGCGGCGACUCCCCCCUUACGGAGCGCGGCCACUGCUACGGCCAGGCCCUGUACAAGUUCAUGACGCAGAAGCGCAAGGAGUGGCUGAUGGAGCAGAAGAGCAAGAUGGCGCAGGCUUCGUUCCCGCCCCAGCCUGGCGACAACACGCCCCCCUACCCCGAUAUGAACCGCGACCUCGACGAAAAGAACUUUUGCGUGUGGACGUCGAUGCUGCGGCGCAGCGUCGAGACGGCCGAGUACUUUGACGUCGACGACGACUACGACGUCAAGAACUGGGAGAUGCUCAACGAGCUCAACACGGGCCAGUUUGAGGGCAUGACGUACAAGGAAAUCGCCACGAGCUAUCCGCAAGAGUUCCACAAGCGCUCCGAGGACAAGCUCAACUAUAUUUACCCGGGCGUCGGCGGCGAGGGCUACCUGCAGAUCAUCAGCCGCCUGCGUGACAUGGUGCGCGAGAUUGAGCGCAUCACCGACCACCUCCUCAUCAUCGGCCACCGCUCCGUCUGCCGUGUCCUCAUGGCCUACUUCAUGGACCUGACCCGCGACGACAUUACCGACAUGGACGUCCCCCUGGGCAUGCUCUACUCUAUCGAGCCCAAGCCCUACGGCAUCGCCUUUCACGCCUACAAGUACGACGAGGCCCGCGGCUGGUUCGAGGAGCUGCCCAACUACAAGCCGCAAAAGGCUGCGCGGGGGAGUGUGUGA